AUGAAUCAGGCAGAUAAAAACCAACAAGAAAUCCCAUCAUACCUUAGUGAUGAACCACCAGAAGGUUCAAUGAAAGACCACCCACAGCAACAACCAGGCAUGUUGUCCCGUGUGACUGGGGGUAUCUUCAGUGUUACAAAGGGAGCCGUUGGAGCCACCAUUGGUGGUGUGGCUUGGAUUGGUGGAAAAAGUCUGGAGGUGACCAAAACCGCGGUCACAACUGUACCGUCCAUGGGAAUAGGGCUUGUGAAAGGGGGCGUGUCUGCCGUGGCUGGAGGUGUGUCAGCUGUUGGGUCGGCUGUGGUCAACAAAGUGCCCUUAACAGGAAAGAAGAAAGACAAAUCGGACUAA